AUGCUCCUCCCGCGGCUUUCGUCCCUACUCGGUCUGGUGGGCCUGGCCACUGUCCCGCUGGCCAAUGCUUAUGACGACUCGAAUAUCAAGAGUAUUCCACUCCGCACUCACAGUCUCUCACCGCCUUACCUGGAUUCCGACUUCCAAAGCCGCUGGUUCGAUUUUGGUGGUGAUACCAUUGUUCGCGCUGAUCAGUACAUCCGUCUUACCUCGGACCGGCCGUCGCAACAAGGAUGGGCGUUUUCGCGGGUUCCAUUGACCGCAACAAACUGGGAGAUUGAACUCGAAUUCAAAAUCCACGGAGAGGGUAAUCUGCAUGGCGAUGGAUUCGCCCUGUGGCUCACCAAGGAGCGCGCAAAGCAGGGUCCGGUCUUUGGCUCGACCGAUAACUUCGAGGGUCUUGGUAUCUUCUUCGACACGUACAAGAACAACCGUCCCGGUACCUCGUUUCCAUUUGUCAUGGCUAUGAUGGGUGAUGGCAAGACAAGCUAUGACCAGGCGCAUGAUGGAAAGGCCAAUCAAUUGGCUGGGUGUUCUGCACGCGGCCUCCGAGGCGCCUCGAUCCCCACCAAAGCUCGCCUAACCUACUUCCACGACCGAUCCCUAACCCUCGAACUCCAAUACAAGUCCGAAGACAGCUGGACCAAUUGCUUCGAACUCAACGCCGAAGAAACCAACAUCGCCAUCCCCUCCGUCGCCUACCUCGGUCUCUCCGCCGAAACCGGUGAACUGAGCGACAACCACGACAUCAUCUCGCUCAAGACUCAGAAUCUGUACAGUGUUGGCGGAGGACCCGCGGGUCCUGUGCGCGGGGGAUCGUCCAGCGCUGCGAAAGACCGGGGUACUGUUAAGACUUCCAAGAACAAGGAGUCUGGUGGUUGGGGCUGGUUCUUGUUCAAGGCUGUUAUGUUUGUCUUUGCGCUUGUGGGUGGGUACUUUGGAUGGACGGCUUAUCGGGCUAAGCAGCGGUAUAACAGGUUUUAA